UAAUUAACUAAUAAAACAUGAAAAAUUGAAAUCAUUGCAUGUAAAUCCAGAAGCAAGAGUGAGUGAUACACAAUAUCUGAUCUACCUUAAACAAUGAUUCCAAACUGGCGAAUCUGUUGAAUACCGGUAAGAUAUGGACGGAUUCUGGAGAUUGGUGCUGUUAUCUCUCUCCAUGUUCUUUGGCUGCUAUGUCUCAGGAAUGAUACCCCUAGUGCUGUCUCUCUCAGCUGUGAGUACACCUAGACACACACUACACACAUUGAUACCCCUAGGGCUGUCUCUCUCAGCUGGAGUACUAAGGAAAGUGACUACAUUUGGAGCUGGUCUGCUUAUUGGGACGGCUCUGAUUGUGAUCAUACCGGAGGGUAUGGAGGCACUCUUUGGAGAGGCACUCCACAGUCAUCACAACCACCACUCACACACCCACGAAUCCGAUCUCUCCGACCUCUCCUUGAAAGUUCGCUCGGCCGACGAAGGACCAAUCAAUAACCUUAUCCCUAACAGUGCUCAUGUUCGGAAAAUCAAAGCCUUAUCAGAGGAGGGUGCUCUACCAGGCAGUGAGGAGGGGCUGUACUCGACAGACCAGCUGCAGUUCAUGAUGGGGUUCUCCCUAAUACUGGGCUUUGUGUUCAUGCUACUCAUAGAUCAGUGCAGUGGGGGACACGCCCAUUCAAUUCCAGAUGCUGAGAAUGGAGCCAAUGGCAAUGCUCGUCACAGCAGACACAAGAUGACAGCCACCAUUGGACUUGUAGUACAUGCAGCAGCUGAUGGUCUGGCACUAGGAGCAGCUGCUGGCCUGUCAAAAGCUGACGUCGAGCUCGUCAUCUUCUUAGCAAUCAUGCUACACAAGGCUCCAGCUGCAUUCGGUUUCACCUCAUUCCUGAUUCACGAGGGCCACGAUAAAUACACGGCAAAGAAGCAUUUACUGAUGUUCUCUCUAGCUGCUCCUAUCGCUUCCUUCGUCUCUUUCUUUGGACUCGUUAAAGUGAUGUACCUUGUCCACCUCCCUCUGACUGGCAUAGCCAUGCUGUUCUCAGCCGGCACAUUCCUGUACGUCUCCACUGUCCACGUCCUCAAUGAGGUCGUCAAUAGCUCUGCCGGUGGAGAGGCUAAUAGUAAUGGCGGGAAACUGAGUAAAACAGAACUUGUUUGGUUAGUAUCUGGAGCAUUCUUACCUCUUUUGUUCAAUGCUUUUCAUUCUCAUGGUCAUUAAAAUAUAUUUUCCUGUAUACAUGUACAUGUAGCUUAUCUCCUUGAGCUAUAUAUACCCCACAUUCACUAAUAAUGAAGGAAUGCCUAA